CUUCCUUCUACAACCACAAAAAAAAAUACAACCCACCGAAAAGAUCUUACAAUAGCGGUUUAAGUACGAUUCCUUCGUGCUUUUUUCGUUCUUCUUCGCCCUUUUCAAAUUAGAAAAUCCCUCUUCUUUUAGAGAUACAAAAAAAUUUGAAAAUCAAACUACAGAAACCCCAGAAUUGCGAUCGAUACUUAUUCUAUCGACCAAUUUUCGAAAUACCUUCACCUUCCUUCCGAACUUAAGAAUCUCCAACCUCAAAUAUUCUGUACAGAAUUAUUUUCACGAAUUUCUACCCCUCCUCAAACCUCGACCCUCUCAUCAAACAACACAUCUCGACAUAAAGUCAACAUGUCUGCCGCAACUCAAAAUGCUGCUGUCGACCAGCUCGCCUCUGACCUCAACAAUGCUUCCUUGAAUGGAGAUGCAAAUGGCGCCGCUACCGUCAACACCGAUGUUUCCAACGUCAACUCCGAAGACCAAGAUGCCGCCGGUCCUACCCCCACCAAUGCCCCUCACCCACAAGCUUCGGCUUCGCUCUACGUCGGUGAACUUGACACAUCCGUCACCGAAGCUAUGCUUUUCGAACUCUUCUCCCAAAUUGGCUCCGUUGCUUCCAUUCGUGUCUGCCGUGAUGCUAUUUCUCGCCGAUCCCUUGGAUAUGCCUACGUCAACUACAACACCACCGCUGACGGUGAGAAGGCUCUCGAAGAGCUCAACUACACUUUGAUCAAGGGCCGCCCAUGCAGAAUCAUGUGGUCCCAACGUGAUCCAGCUCUCCGAAAGAACGGUCAAGGAAACGUUUUCAUCAAGAACUUGGAUGUUGCCAUUGACAACAAGGCUCUCCACGACACUUUUGCUGCUUUCGGAAACAUUUUGAGUUGCAAGGUUGCCCAAGACGAGUCUGGAGCUUCCAAGGGUUAUGGUUUCGUUCACUACGAGACAGAUGAGGCAGCCGCCCAAGCUAUCAAGCACGUCAACGGUAUGCUUUUGAACGAGAAGAAGGUCUUCGUUGGCCAUCACAUCCCUAAGAAGGACCGUCAAAGCAAGUUCGAGGAAAUGAAGGCAAACUUCACCAACAUCUACGUCAAGAACAUCCCAGUUGAAGCCACCGAGGAGGAGUUCCGUGAGUUGUUCGAGAAGUUCGGUGAUGUUACCUCAGCUUCCCUCGCCCGCGAUGCUGAAUCCGGCAAGAGCCGUGGCUUUGGUUUCGUCAACUUCAUCAACCAUGAGCAUGCUGCUACUGCUGUUGAUGAGCUUAACGGCAAAGACUUCAAGGGUCAAGAUCUCUAUGUCGGCCGUGCACAGAAGAAGCAUGAACGUGAGGAAGAGCUCCGCCGUUCAUACGAAGCUGCUCGCAUUGAGAAGGCUUCCAAAUAUCAAGGCGUCAACCUCUACGUCAAGAACUUAGAUGAUGACAUUGAUGAUGAGAAGCUCCGAGAGUUGUUCCAAUCAUUCGGAUCCAUUACCUCCGCCAAGGUCAUGCGUGAUACCCCUGCCGAGACCGCUGAAGCUGAGGAGAAGAAGGAGAAGGACGAUGAGAAGAACAAGGAAAACAAGGACGCUAAGGAGACCAAGAAGGAGGGCGAGGCUGAAACUGAAGAGGCCUCUGCACCAAAGGCAAAGCGCUCUUUGGGUAAGAGCAAGGGAUUUGGUUUCGUUUGCUUCAACAACCCAGAUGAGGCUACCAAGGCUGUCUCUGAUAUGAACCAGCGCAUGGUCAACAACAAGCCACUUUACGUUGCUCUUGCUCAGCGCAAGGAUGUCCGUAAGAGUCAAUUGGAAGCCAGCAUUCAAGCUCGCAACCAAAUCCGCAUGCAGCAAGCCGCUGCUCAAGCUGGUAUGCCACAACAAUACAUGCAAGCUCCAAUGUUCUUUCCUCCAGGAGCUCAACAACCAGGUUUCCUUCCCCAAGGUGGACGUGGUAUGCAAUUCCCACCUCAAGCUGGUAUGCCAAUCCCAGGUACCCAAGGAGGCCGACCUGGUCAAUUCCAAGCUGGUUUCCCUCCACAACAAGCUGGUCGUGGUGCACCAGCUGGUCAACAAAUGCCACCUAACAUGUACGGUAUGGGCCCAGGCCAAUUCCCUGCUGGCGGUCAAUAUCCUCAACAAAACAACCCACAAUUCUUAGCUGCCAUGCAAGCUGCACAACUCACCGCCGGCCGUGGUGGACCAAAUGCACGUGGGCCAAUGCAAGGUAUGCCACCAAACAUGGCUAUGCCUAUGGGUCAGCAAGGAAUGCCACAAUUCCAACAAGGUGCUAGACAAGGUGGUAUGCCUGGUCGUGGUGCUCAAGCUGGUCGUCCCGGCCAAUUCGCUGGUGGCUUCCCUCCACAAGCUGGUCGUGGUAUGCCACAACAGAUCCCAGGAAUGCAACAAGUUCCUCAAAUGGCCCAAGAGGGUGGUGUUCCAGCUACUAUGUUGCAAGCCCAAGUUCAAGCAGUUGCUCCUCAGCAACAGAAGCAAAUUCUUGGAGAGGCUUUGUUCCCUAAGAUCCAAGUUUUGCAACCUGAAUUGGCUGGUAAGAUUACCGGAAUGUUGUUGGAGAUGGAGAACCAAGAGUUGAUCAAUCUUAUCGAAGAUGAUGCUUCUCUCCGCGCCAAGGUUGACGAAGCACUCACUGUCUACGAUGAGUAUGUCAAGAACAGAGGUGAAGGUGAAGGCGAGGCUGGUGAGACCAAGGAGGGUGACGAGAAGGCUGAAGAGAAGGCUUAAUUGCCCACUCUCUUCUGCCAUUAAUGACCUUUUUUCUACACUUUACUUUGGCGUCUUGUCCGACUCUUCUGCUACGGUACGGUUCCGGAAAAGUUAUUUAUGCUUUGGUGGCAAUAUUUCGGUCCUACUUUUUAUCACAUUCUUCACGCGCGGAACGAUAUUUUUCUUGUGGUCAAUGAAUAAUUAUCUUCUAUUAUUCAUCUUAUGGAAGGGCAAAUAUUUCAACCAGUUACAUGUACUCAUAGAUUACUCCUGUGCUCAACGACUCUUGCACUACUCGACGGAGGUACAAUUUUCUUUUUCUCGUUGAAAAUUGCAUACGCUUCUAAUGAUUAAAUGUUAUUGCAAGGUGUGGCUAGUUGGCAAUGGAGGGAAUAAACAACAACACCUUAAUUUCUUUCUGCUUUUUUAUGACUAUCUUCAGUCCAUCCGCUCGAUUUGAACUGAUGGCGAUAACCUCGAUGGGGUUCUCCACCUUUUCCUUUAAUCAUGAAUGGAUGACGAAUAUGAAAUGAGGGGUAUUGGCAUGGCAAUUCAGUUUUCUGGGUGGGCAUGGAUUGGGAAUGUGACAGCGUGAACAGAAUUAGAUUAGGGUUCUAUUAUAGAUAAGAUAAGUGGUUAGGGGAGUAAACAAGAAAUCAAAAAAAAACAUUGCAAAUUAA